GCGCCCGCGCGCCAGAGCCGCGCGCAGAGCGUGUGGGGGCUACUUGGGCGCAGAGAGACUGCAGCCGGAGCCCCGCGCUCGCUGCCCGGAGACCGGCGUGGCUCCCCAGGAGUCGCCUCUCCUGCCCCGAGCUCGCCCUCUUCUCUCUGCCGCAGCAGCUCACCCGGCGCAGGAAGCCGACAGGGCCCCGGGCCGAAGGUAAAACCCCGCGGAAAAAACAUGAGAUUCCCCUGGAAAUCGCUUGAGAGGAAGAUGGAAGGGGCCAUUUAAAAGUGACAGAAGCUGCAGGCCGCAAGACUGGGGCCGGAGGGCUGGCAGUGGAAAACUCUGUUGGGUUGUGAUCUCUCACUGGGAAGUUCCAGGUGCUUUUUUGCUUCCUGCAGAACAAAGGAAGAAAAGGAGAAGACCAUGUCCAUAGCUCUGAAGCAGGUGUUCAACAAGGACAAGACCUUCCGGCCCAAGAGGAAAUUUGAACCUGGCACACAGAGGUUUGAGCUCCACAAACGGGCUCAGGCAUCCCUCAACUCAGGCGUGGACCUGAAGGCAGCGGUGCAGCUGCCCAGUGGGGAGGACCAGAACGACUGGGUGGCCGUGCACGUGGUGGACUUCUUCAAUCGGAUCAACCUCAUCUACGGCACCAUCUGUGAGUUCUGCACCGAGAGGACCUGCCCUGUGAUGUCAGGGGGCCCCAAAUAUGAGUAUCGGUGGCAGGAUGACCUCAAGUACAAGAAGCCGACCGCACUGCCCGCUCCCCAGUACAUGAACCUUCUUAUGGAUUGGAUCGAGGUCCAGAUCAACAACGAAGACAUCUUUCCAACAUGUGUGGGUGUCCCCUUCCCAAAGAACUUCCUCCAGAUCUGCAAGAAGAUCCUGUGUCGCCUCUUCCGAGUCUUUGUGCAUGUCUACAUCCACCACUUCGACCGGGUCAUCGUGAUGGGCGCAGAGGCCCACGUCAACACCUGCUACAAGCACUUCUAUUACUUUGUCACAGAGAUGAACCUCAUCGACCGCAAGGAGCUGGAGCCCUUGAAGGAGAUGACCAGCCGGAUGUGUCACUAGCGCCCCACCCUACCCUGCGGAAGAGAGAGGGCAGCUGCUCGCUCCUGGAGGCCCAGGUGGGCGGGAGGAGACCUGGCUGAGAUGGCGCUCGGACUUCCAGGAGCCAGAGAGGGGGACACUGAGGUGACUCCCGACAGACACGCCCCUCACUUGUGCGUCUUAACCCUGAGUGCUGCUAGCCUCGCCCUGCGGAAUGGCCACCCGCUGCACGAGAGAAGGACCCACCCCUGUCCGCAGGAAGCCUCCAAGCCCGAGCCCCGCAGCCCUGCCUGGGCCCGCGCUGGGCCGGAUUCGGGCUGUGAGACUGAGACACGGUGUGUGCUUUCCCUCCUCUGUCUUGUCCGCCGGCCGACUUUUCCGUCUGUGUGUUCUAAGUCCCGAGUGCAUUUGGAUCUCUGGGUGCCCUGCGAGUCUGUCUAAAACAAGCCUUCCUCCCCUUCGGUCCCUGCAAGCUCCCGCCCUGCUCCCGUGGCCUGACUGUGCGCAGGGCUGUGGAGCUGGAGACGCCAGGCCCCAGCAGCAUCCACACCGGUUCCCUAACAGGCAUCCUAUCAGGGACACUCCGCGGGGGGCUGUCCCCUGCCCCCGGCGGGGUCUGCACACUUACCUACAGGGAAGAGCCUGGUUUCUAGACACCAGUUCACCCUGAACCGAAUGUGUUUUUAUAACCACGCCAUUCUUUCCACUUAACAUGUUGGGUCCUGUUUCCCAGAAGAGAGGGAGGGAAGGAGUUAUAAAUGACCAGGGAUGGUCAGCAGAAGCCCUGAGCCAGAUUAGUGCCGUGUUUGUUCUUCAUUGGGGGGGUGGGGGGAGGGUGGUCAUGGCUGUCGUUGCGUAAUACCAAAUUUCAGUGAAAAAAAACAAAAGUAUAAUUGGCUAUUGGUGCAUGGAGCUCAGACUCCCGGGCACGGCCUUGUAACCUUCCUGGAUGGCCCUCUGAGCUUCUGAACCCAGCCAAUGCCCGCUUCCUCGUCCUCCACCCUCUCCCGCCUCUGCUGUAUUACAUGAUGGCCUGAAAUUAACUUCUGCCCCAAUGAUUGUGCCACAGUUGCCAAGGUAACCGUGGAGCUGCAGCGCACUUCCUUCUCCCAUCCUCCCCAAGUUUUCCAUUCCAGUAGACAGGAUGCCCACUCUGGGCUACUUCCUGCCUGUUGAAACCCAGGUGAGUGUCACUUCCCUGAUUCAUUCACCACGCGGUGGAGGCCGCGGACGCCUGUGACGAGGUGGUAACUACACUUCCAAUGAGCCUUUGGAUAUGGCAAAACAGCCGUUGGUGGAGGGAAGUAGAAACGAAUGUAUUAGUGCAUUGUAAUGUAGUACCGAUUAAAGAAUAACUGAGCAA